AUGGCCGGAGCAGCCGUGGGGAAAGGGGCGCCAGAGCCCGACAGCUCCGAGGAGGAGCUGGAAGCGAGGGACGCAUCCCAGGCGUGCUACAGGCAGGGUUUGUGGGUCUCCCAAGGCACGGAAGGAGACGCCAGCCCAGGGGACACGGAAGGGAUGAAGGUGAGGAAGAGGAGCAGGCCGGUGCGCUCCAAGGCCAGGAGGAUGGCUGCCAACGUCAGAGAGCGUAAGAGGAUUCUGGACUACAACCAAGCCUUCAACGCCCUGCGGCUGGCCCUCAAGCACGACCUCGGUGGCAAAAGGCUUUCUAAAAUCGCAACCCUCCGGCGAGCCAUCAACAGGAUCACGGCUCUGUCGCUGUCCCUGCACGGCGCCGGGUGCUGCUGGCCCUGUGCCCACUCCGAGUGCCGCGCCCGGGCCGGGGUCCCUGCGCAGGAGUCGGGGGUGAAGGUCAGCCGCCCCCAGCUGCCCUGGGAGCCCGUUUCUGCAGGGACACGGUGCCCUCCGUCCCCUCUCUGCGCUGCGUUUUCCCCUCAGAGGCGGCUCCAUCACUACGAGAGCCCGAAGGAGAAUCGCCCCGUGCCCAGCCCCGCCUGUUGCUCCGGCGGGAUCCCGCACCCCGCGCUCCGCGGCGCCGGCCAGCAGCGACUCACGGGCAGCCUGCAAGAGCCCCUGGCCGGGGCUGUCCCCUGGCAGCUGGGCUACUGCCAGGGCUGGGGACACCAGCAGUGCCUCCCCAUGCACUGA